CAAACCCAAAUUACCUGAUUCACUAAACCCCCCAAAACCCCUUUUGCCUGAGUCGGACUCGUCUCUCUGCUCCUUGCACCCUGAUUGCUGUUAAACAAAUUCAGUGCACCCUGAUUGCUGUUAAACAAAUUCAGAACUUCUCCACUAUUAAAUGAGCUAAUAUGACGAUUGAGUAGCUAAAUUGAUGAAUUCAGCAAAUUGCUUUUGUUUGUGAUGAAUUAAUGGUCAAUGAAGAAAGGUUUUGUUUAAGGGAAGAAAAUAUGCCUUUGGGAUUGAUACUAGGGCUUGGAAGGGCAAUGCGUAGGAAGCGUACAUCAUCGCUUGAUAUCCUCCAUCCAAAGAGGGCGCCAAGGAACUUCUACAAAGGAAAUAAGUGCAAGCCCACCGGAUUCCAUACACGCAAAGGUGGCUAUGUUGUGGUGCAAGAAAAGCUGCCUAUCUAUGUUGUGCCUGAUCUUACGGAUUUUAAGCUCAAACCAUAUGUUUCUCAAUGUGCACUGAACACAAAGACGACUGAGAAUGCUGGUGCGUUAAAUUAGAAUGUUAAUGCUACAAGUAUCUGAAUAUUUGAGUUAACGAAAUGCUACUAGACCGAUAGUUUUUGGGCGUGGAUUCAUCAAAGCAAGAUUGCAGCAUGUUCUGUUUCUAAUAUACGUGGAUUCAUGCAACAGAUUUCUGUACACAAUCAUGGUUGUUACUCAACACAAAAGCAGAACCAAUCCCCAAACACAGGGAGGAGGAAAACCAAAAUAUAUGUUUUCUCCAAUUUUCA